AUGGAAAGUUCUGAUGAUGAUAAUGAUGCUGUAUAUACACGUUUACGUCGUCAACUUAAAAAGUUUGCAUACGCAGAUCCAUGUGAAGUUAAAUGUGUUACCGAAAAACUUCAAUCAAAAGUACCUAUUAAAGUUUUAGCUAAACAAUGUAAAGAAACAUGUCAAGAUAAAAUAGCAAAUUUUAAACCGUCUAUUUAUUAUCAAUAA